AUGAGAGUACCGACCAGAGCCGCCCGUCUCAUUGGGACCGUGGGAUAUGCGCGGUCGUUCGCGUCGACGGGAGCCCUGCGGGCGCUUCCAUGGAGCAGCAAACGCGUCUGUGUCGGAUCACUGGCAAUCAUUUCAAAUUUUCGCCGUUCUUAUGCGAUUGAUACGUCUGAGCCUUUUAGGAAGGAAUUUUCCGAAGCCGCGGCGGCAGAGAAUGAGCUUGGUGGGGAUGAGGCCCAUGAGGAAGACUUUCAGCCAUCGAACGAGAUCGAUGACCGCUGGGAGCCCUAUCGCCGGGAUAGAAUCAGCUCUCGCCGCCGCUCGCAGGCGGUACGAGCGGUUUAUGCGGAGCUGAAUCGGAUGCAGAGGGGUCACUCGAGAGUUGCUCACAAGACGCGCCUGGAUGGGCGUCUGAACUCAAGGAGAGGGCUGAGAAGCAGGGGAGCUCCCGAUUUUGUUCAGCCGUUUAUCGAGCGCAGCAGGAGAAAACGAGACGAAAAGGAACAGGGGGAAAGGGAGCGUCAUGAGGAAGUGCGCCGUGGGAAGGAGCGAGGCCAAAACCAGCCCGUCGUCAUCACCAUCAACGCUCAACCGGGGCACAGUGUAUCUGUGCAUGCGACAGUGACCCCCUACUCCUCAUUCAUAACUUCAAGGGCGGACACAGCGCCAGAAAAUGGACCUGAAGGCCCGGGAUGGCGGACCUCCUCAUAUGACAAGGAUGCUCACGUGGCCAGCGAAGAUGGAUCUGGAUCUGUUGCGCCAUCAGCAACGGAGGCAUCUGUGUCGCCUUCAGUCUCGUCGGAAGAAAAAGUACAACCGCCGGUGGAAAAUCUGGGCACGAGAGACGAGGCGAGUGAGGCCAACGAACGUGAUGAAGAAGAACAAGUCAGGGGUGAGCCGGGAGUAUGCUCUCUCUGCGAUCGCAAGUCGUAUCAGAUGACCAAGCACCACCUCGUUCCCAAAUCGGAAGUUGAAAAUGCAAUAAUCAAGCGUGGGCGGAAGAAGAAUGAAACGAUCCCUGUCUGCAGGCCCUGUCAUGAGAUGCUGCACUCAAAGCUCACGAAUUUGCAGAUGGCGCGGGGGAUCAACACGCUGCGAGCCCUUCGGCAGUCAUCGAGUCUGCAAGCCUGGUUCGAGCACAGACGGAAGCAGGGUGUUUCGUCAGAUAUGGAGGUCGAUGUGGAGAGUGAAGACGAACCGAAGCGACCACCAAAGAAGGAUGCUAAGAAGGAUGCUGUUCGUAGGAUACUGUGGACGAUCAGGGCGGCAGAGUUGGAUCCUAUGAGCGGCUGGCGGGGAUCGCAUCCACUCCAGGCCAUCUGCUCGCUCGUUCGCGCGAUUAUCUCGUAUGAACGCGCAUCGGUGCGGUUGACGCGCUCGGGAACGAGCGAGAUGCCUCCACCGCCCCAAAGCGUGGACGAAGGCUAUAUCAAGAAGCAGAUCAAGACAGAGCCAGAGCUAAAAUUGUGGUUUGAACAAAUGGUUUCCACCGAGAAGAAGAAUCAAAAGUCGGUCGUGAAACCUCAGUCGGUUGAGAAUCCUAAGCAGAUUAAGGUUUCUAAGUUGGCCAAGGAUCUCAAGGAGGUUGAGGAUCUCGAGAAGAUAGAAGAUUCUAAGGACGUCGAGGACUCUAAGGACUCUGAGGACUCUGAGGACGUCGGGUAUCAAAACCCGGCCCAGGAGACUGACACUACACAGCUUCCUUCGCCGCCGAAGUAUCCUUAA